CGUCCUACAGCACAAAAAAAAUCAACUAUAGCAGCAACAAAUUCAAACCACAAAUACCAGCAGCCAGAUAUUCGAAGAGAAAGGGGAGAAAAGGUUGAAACAGAAAAUGAGCACGGUUGGAGAUGCUCAUAACGUGAGAAUCUUAGGCUCCGGCGAGAGAAUAAUAGUUCUUGGCCAUGGAUUUGGCACUGAUCAGUCAGUUUGGAAGCAUUUAGUUCCUCAUCUUGUGGAUGAAUACAAAGUUAUACUGUAUGAUAAUAUGGGGUCUGGACCGACUAACCCAGAUUACUUUGAUUUCGAAAGAUAUGCCACUCUUGAAGGCUAUGCUUAUGAUUUGCUAGCAAUUUUAGAAGAAUAUCAGGUUAAUAAAUGCAUAUUUGUUGGCCAUUCUUUGUCCUCCAUGACUGGUGCUAUAGCUUCCAUCUUUCGGCCUGAUCUCUUUCAAAAAAUCAUCACGAUUUCUGCUUCUCCAAGGUUUAUAAAUACUGAGGAUUACUAUGGAGGAUUUGAACAAGAAGACAUUGAGCAGCUAUGCGGAGCAAUUGAAUCCAACUACAAGUCAUGGUGUUCUGGUUUUGCUCCACUAGUAGUAGGUGGAGACAUGGAUUCAGUGGCUGUCCAAGAAUUCAGCAGGACAUUGUUCAACAUGAGACCCGACAUAGCCUUGAGUGUUUUUCGGACAAUAUUUACAUUUGACCUGAGACAUUUUCUAGCGCGAGUCACUGUCCCAGUCCAUAUUAUCCAGAGCUCGAAAGACUUAGCAGUGCCGGUGGCCGUGGCGGAAUAUCUCCACCAGAAUCUUGGCGGUAAGUCCAUCGUUGAAAUCAUGUCGACUGAAGGUCACCUACCCCAUUUGAGUGCACCAGAAAUCACUAUCCCCGUGCUUAUUCGACAUAUUAUGCACGAUAUAAUGGAUGAUGCUUAAGAAAGACGAAUCGAAUUAUUACAUUUCCAGGUUUGUAUAUGUUAGUUUGCGCAUCUUUUGUAUUUCCCUUUAGUUUGUUUUAGAGUUUGAUGAACCCAACGAGCGGUGCACAAAAUGUCCACGCAGUUUACUCUAAAUUUGUGUAAAUGCUUUAAUUUGUUGCUGUAAAUGCUGUACUUCAUGCAUUUCGUUGCUUGAAGUUAUGAGAGACGGUAAAAAAUAAUGCUUCCGUUCCAUAAAGAUUUUUUUUU